AUGACGGGGAAGACGUUGAUUUUGUUCAUGGUGGCUGCAAUUUUUGCUUCUCCUGUAUUUAGUCAACCCGGAUUCAUUAGCCUCGACUGUGGAGGUAGUGAGAGUUAUAUAGAUGGUGUUGGAAUACAGUGGAUGCCAGAUGACGCUUACAUCAAUUCUGGACAAAAAUGGAAUCUUACAGAUAACAUUCUUGGAGGAAAACAAUCAAGACAGUUGAACAGCCUUCGAAGAUUUCCGGAGAGAAGGAAGAGUUGUUACAAGUUAACACCUGUGGAGAUUGGAACAAAAUAUCUUCUCCGCGGGACAUUCGUUUAUGGGAACCAUGACAAUCUCAACUUGCCUCCCCAGUUUGCUCUGCUUCUGGACACCGAUGUUUGGGACAGCUUGUCGUUUAGGGAUUCAAGCACAUAUGUUGUUCAGAAGGAAAUCAUUUUCAUGGCAAGGUUUGACCCUACCCAUGUCUGCCUUGCACGAAUCGAUGAGAGCUAUGGAAUACCCAUUAUCUCUUCUUUAGAAUUGCGGCCUCUCAAUCAAAGCAUGUAUUGGCCUGUUAGCCAAGAUUUUUCACUUUUGAGGAUGGAGAACAGCAAUUUUGGAGCUCAAGAACUUGACAAAGACAUAAGGUAUCCAGAUGAUUUAUUUGACAGACUUUGGUCUCCUAGUCCAAUAGACUUUCCUAAUAUGAUGACUGGAAUGAAAGUAUCUAUUGGAGUGGCCUAUGACCAACCUCCAUCUCUGGUCAUGCAAACAGUAGAAACAAGUUAUCUCAGCUCCCCUUCAACAAUGGAUUUGCCCUUACGCCGAAGCAGACAAAAUGGGAAUCUUUACAUUUCUAUGUAUUUUGCAGAAGUGCAACCUAAUUUGAAUGCGACAAGCCUUCGAGAAUUUGAUUUGUUUCUUGAUAAUAAGAAGCUUAAUGAUAGACCUAUACAACCCAAAUAUCUACAAUCAUCAAAUGUGUCUGUGCUUAUACCCUACGGUGUUACAAACACUAUGGCAUUUCGUUUGCAAGCAACAAACCGUUCCACUUUACCUCCAAUAACAAGCGCUUUGGAGAUGUAUCGUCAAAGUGCUCAACAUCAACAAGGGACUUUUAUUUCAGAUGUGGAAGCAUUAACUAUCAUUCAACAGCAUCUAAACUAUUCCUACAUUGGUGAUCCAUGCUUGCCUUUUCGUUAUUCAUGGGAUUGGUUAACUUGCAAUAACAAUACAUCACCUAGAAUUGUGAACUUGAAUCUUUCAAAGAAAGGAUUAACUGGUAAUAUUCCAACCAGUAUUAGCAAUCUCACAGCUCUUGAGAUCAUUGAUCUAUCUGAUAACAAUUUAAAUGGUACAAUACCUGAUUCUUUGGCUAGUUUGACAAACUUGAAAAUUCUUAAUUUAGAGAACAACAAUCUCACGGGAACAGUACCGGUGGCUUUGAUAAACAACAAGAACCUAAACCUCAGUCUUUCAGGAAAUGUGCAUCUGUGUGCGACAGGCGAGAAUGAUUGUCGAGGCAAAUCUACAAACAAAGGUUUGAUAAUCGGUCUGGGAAUCGGCGGCGCCAUAAUAUUAGCUAUCCUCUUAUGUGGUGCCCUACAAAUUAUUCGCAGGAAUUACAUAGCAAGCGAAUCUACAGAAUCUCUUAUUUCUCCAAUGCCAAAGGACCUAAUAACUCCAACUUACAGAGAAUAUAGUUACAGAGAGGUUAAAGAAAUAACUAGUGAAUUUAGUAAGCAAAUUGGGAGAGGAGGAUUUGGGCCUGUAUUCUAUGGCUGCUUAAAGACUGGAAAGGAGGUAGCUGUCAAGGUUCGCUCCGAAACAUCUAAACAAGGAGUCAAAGAAUUUUUAACAGAGGUUUCCUUGCUUUCGAGAAUGCAUCACAAAAAUCUUGUGAAAUUUCUGGGCUAUUGCUGUGAAGGAGAAUAUCAAAUAUUGAUUUACGAGCAUCUGUCAAAGGGAAAUUUACGUCAACUUCUCCAUGGAUCAUAUGGAUCAAAGCACUGCCUUGACUGGGAAACAAGGCUCACCAUUGCCAUAAAUGCAGCUCAAGGAUUGGAGUACUUGCAUACUGGCUGCAAACCUCAAAUAAUUCACAGAGAUAUCAAAUCGUCCAAUAUAUUAUUAAGUGAAAGUAUGGAAGCGAAAGUAGCAGAUUUUGGACUGUCAAGAGAGGGGCCAUCCAGUGAAGCAACUCAUGUUUCAACCGAUGUGAAGGGCACAUUUGGCUACCUUGAUCCUCAAUAUACCUUAACAAACAAUUUAACAGAUAAAAGUGAUGUCUAUAGCUUUGGCGUGGUUAUUUUAGAGAUCAUAUCAGGAAGAACGCCUAUUGAUACAAAUAUUUCAGGCGAACAAAGUCACAUUGUAUCCUGGUCAAGGUCGCUGAUUUCUCAAGGACGUAUUGAGAGCUUGAUAAAUGCAGAGGGAGUGGAAAAAAUUAAUUUGGGUGCAAUGUGGAAAGUUGCGGAGUUAGCAUUGUUGUGUACAGAGAGCCAACAAAAUGACAGGCCCACCAUGAGCCAAGUUGUGAAUGAAUUGAAAGAAGCUCUUGAACUACUUCGCACAACAGAUAGUUCAGAUUACAGAAUGCCAUUUCAUCGUUUGUGGGUUUCACUGGCCUUGGCUGGGAAAAGUACGUUCAAGUCAUUACUGGUUGCCACUGCCAACACACCUGCUUCUGUUUACGUGCCUGCUGCUUUCUCUUCUAAUUCCUCACCUGCUUCUGUUUACGCUUCUGCCGCUGCUUCUACCCAUUCCUUCUAUACGGAGGCCGUUGCUGAUUGCAUAGAUUUCAUUAAGCACUCCUCUUUGCGCGAUUCCACAUCUUUUGAUGUCCGCUAA